UCGACCUGUGGCUCCCGUCUCAUCUCCGAAGAUGGCGGAGCGUGGCAGUGUCGGCACGAACAGCAACACAUCUCUGAAGGGGAUGCGGGAGAGGAUGGUUGCUGCAGCUCACGCAAUUGCUGAAGAAAGGAGGAAUCAAAGUGGAGUUAGCUCGUUUACAUCCCAAUCUUCAAAUAUUAAAUCAUCAUUUAAACCAGUUAUUGAUGGAUCUGUGCUUAAAAAUGAUGUAAAACAAAGAUUAGCAAAGGAACGCAGGGAAGAGACAAGGAGACAACAAGAUGCCAAUAAAGAAAUGCAACUACUUGAAAAAGCAAGAAAGGCCAAACUCCAAUAUGAAAAACAAAUGGAAGAAAAGCAGCGAAAGCUGAGAGAGCAAAAAGAAAAAGAUGAACAGCGGAGAAUAUCUGCAGAAGAAAAAAGAAAACAGAAGUUAGAAGAAGAAAGGGAAAAAUAUAAAGCUGUUCUUUAUCGUACUUUGGAACGGAGCAAUCGUGUUGAACUUCGGCAAAAACGAUGGUCAUGGGAAGGCACUCCAGUGGCACGUUCUGAGAGCAAAUCUGGUGAUAAGAGAUAUGUAUCUACUGAAAAAAUCGAACAGGGGACUUCCUCUUUCAACAAACAAAUGUAUAUGUCACCUACAGGUCUUCAAAAUUCUGUUGCCAAAAGAAAAGUGGAAAAGAAGAGAAGCUCAUCUUUAAAUAGGAGAGACAGCAAACUGCAUUCAUCUACUGAUACAGAACAAGUGGAAGGAAAACCAGCUCAUCGCCUGUAUUUCGGUUCUCAAGAGAAUAAUUUAAUCAGUCGGCUGCUCAUCCCAACAAAAGCAUCAUUAGCCAGAAGCAAAAGUGCUGCUUCAUUAUCCGUCCCUGGAAAAAAUAUUCCAGCUGUCAAUAGUAAUCCAUUCCGGUAUGUGAAUGUGCCCAUGUGUACCUAUAAUAGUGAUGAAUUGAAGACUACGGUCAUAUUUUCCAAGUCAAAAGUGAAAAUGCCUCUUCAAACAAAAUUAGAAACGGCUCCUCAGAGGCGAGUAGAGACAACUCCUGAGGCAAGUGUGGAAGUGCCCCCCAGGGUGAAUGCAGAAGCAUUACCCAGGGCAAGCAUGGAAGCACCCUCCAAGGCAUGUAUGAAAACAUCUUCUGAAGCUAGCGUGGAAGUACCCCUCAAGGCGAGCCUGGAAGAGUUCCCCAAGGCAAGAGUGGAAGCACCUCCGGAGGUGAACAUGGACUUUUCCCUGAAGGCGAGAAUAGAAGUGUCCCCCCAGGCAAGUGGGUACUCCUCCCCUGAGGGCAGCGAGGACUCAUCCCUUGUGGAGAGUGUGAAUGUGUCCCCUGUGGUGAGUACAGAUGAGUCCUUGGAGCUGAGCACAGACACAUCCCCAGAAGUAAGUGUGGAUAUAUCUCCCGAGCCAAGCCUGGAAGCACCCAUUGAAGAGAGCUUAGAAGCAUUGCCUGAGGUGACCGUAGAAGUGAACCCUGAGGUGACAGUAGAAGCAAACCCUGAGGUGGUGAACCCCAAGGUGACAAACCCUGAGGUGACAGUAGAAGCGAAGCCUGAGGUGAUGAACCCUGAGGUGACGGUAGAAGCCAACCCUGAGGUGGCAGUGGAAGCAUCCCCUGAGAUGAGCACAGAAGCAUCUUCCAAGGUGAAAGUGAAAGAUUCUCUGCAGAAAUCAGAAAUGGACAAACAGACCUCAAGCCCUAUUACCAAGAAGCCUGUAUCGUCACACAUGCCAACUAACAAAUGGUCACCAUCUCUUAUGAGCAGGUGGCAUCCACCUUUUCCUGUGUGCACUACGCAAAUCCGAAGGAACCGCCCUCCGUCACCUUCAGUAGUUAUUUCAAAACAAUCAUUACCAGCUUCUCUUUUCCAAAGCGUAAGACCUGUUCAGCAUACACCAGUUGCACAAAAUACAUUGGGUACUGUCAGAAAAAAGAGAGAAACAGUUUCUAAAUCUGCUAACAAAUGUGAGGCUUCAGGCCAAAAACAUGUGAUCUAUGAAGAGUCUGGUAAGAAAAGCACACUAGAGACUAUGAAUGCUGAAGAAGCAACAAAAAUUUUGGCAGAAAGACGCCGCCUUAUUCGGGAACAAAGAGAAAAAGAGGAAGAAGAAAGACUCCGGCAAGAAAUGGAGUCAAGGGAAAUAAGAGAUGUGGCAGAGGAAAUAGUUGAAGGGCAAGCAGAAGAGUUAUCAAAACUCAAAGAUGAGCAGCAACAAAAGGAUACAAAACAGAAGAAAGGAUGUCAGGAUCAAGAAGACCAAGAAGGACUACUGCAGAAAGGGAACAACAAAAUAAAGGCUCAAGAGGAAGUGGACAAACGCAAGAAAGAACAUGAGAGAAUUAUGUUACAAAAUUUACAUGAAAGAUUAGAAAGAAAAAAGAGAAUUGAGGAAAUUAUGAAGCGGACGAGAAAGACAGAUGCUAAUGCCUCCAAGGCUGCAGAAACAUCCAGCAGAAAAACAUAUGACGAGAAUGAAGCUGACGAUGAGGAUGAGUCUGAAAGUGAUGAUGACGACUCCUCUUUCGAUGACAUAUUUCCAUCAGCCAUUCAAAAUGGCAGAGAUUCACCUGCCCAACUCAGAGCCAAGAAAAUGUCACACAGGCUGAUGUUUCUAGAAGCCACUACUGGCCAGGUUCAUAAGGAGAUGAAAACAUAUUUUAAUGGCGAUUUGAAAUCCUUUAAACAAAAAGGCAUGAGAGAGAGAGACCCUUUGACACAGAUGAAAAGUUCAAGACCAUCCACCAAAAGACCAACCAGACACACAACAAAAACCAGAAAAGUAAACAGAACCAGCAACACCAUAAGAUCUUCCCUGAGUUUGAAUUCAAACCAGGAGUGGAUCUGUGACAAGAUGAAGAACAUCAGAAGUCACGUAGAAACAUCAAUGUCACAUAUCCCUCCUGAGGGCCACAAACACAAUCUGAAAGAUUCUAUGACAUCUUGCCACAGUCCCCAAACAUCUUUAGAUGAUGAGACAAGCAGCAAAGCUGUUUCCUCUCAUUCAGAUGACUAAACUUCGUGCAGUCUGGGAGAUUGAUACACCUACUCCAAGUAGCUCGACUCCCAGACUCCCAGGUCCGUCUUCCAAAAUUUUCCUGCUUCUGACUUGAACCUGGCAAAGGAAAUGACCAUCAAAACAACAACAACAAAAAGGAAAAUAUCAAAAGAUCAC